AUGGCAACAAAAAAAGUUAAAACACCUCAACCAGAAACAGCUGUAGUUUCAGGACCUCAAGCAAAAGAAGGAGAAUUAGUUUUUGGAGUAGCUCAUAUUUUUGCAUCCUUUAAUGAUACAUUUAUACACGUAACUGAUUUAAGUGGAAGAGAAACAUUAGUCAGAAUUACAGGGGGUAUGAAAGUUAAAGCAGAUAGAGAUGAAUCAAGUCCAUAUGCUGCUAUGAUGGCUGCACAAGAUGUAGCUGCACGAUUAAAGGAAUUAGGAGUUACAGCUAUUCAUAUUAAAUUGAGAGCAUCUGGUGGUACAAAAUCAAAAACACCUGGUCCAGGAGCACAAUCAGCUUUAAGAGCAUUAGCUCGUUCUGGAUUAAAAAUAGGAAGAAUUGAAGAUGUCACACCAAUCCCAACAGACUCAACAAGAAAGAAGUCAGGAAGAAGAGGAAGACGUUUGUAA